GUAUUCCGGUGGCUCUAUUAGCGCAGCGCCGCUGCCGCCGGCCCCGGGAGGUCCUGGGACCCCACCCGCGCCGUCCCGGCCGCCUCCAAACCGUGACGCCGGCAGCGCGAGUGUCCGCCGCGCGGUGGUGUCUCGCUCCAGUGCGGCCCGUCCGUACCCUGUACCGCGGCGGCGGCUCCGUACCGGUCGGCUCCGCGCGGCGCGGCGCCGCCGGCGUGCCCCGCGGCGCCGGCCGCCGCGAGUAUCGAUCGCCGGCGCCGGCCGGCGCCCGCCCGCCAGUGACGCGCUGGACUCGGCCGAGAGGGGACCCGUGCGAGCGCGCCGCCCGAGCUGCCGUGGACGUGACGUGAGACAGGGAGUGACGCCGCGACGUCCCGUGUUUCAGGUGUGAGUGAGUGACGGACGCCGCGACGAGCUGAGAGAAGAGAAGAGGUGAAGCUGCUAAUCUCCGACUUAGAGUGACCUUUCUGAAGAAGCCAUGGGUCUGAAGCAGAGCAAGCGCUCCUUCCAAGUGACCACCGACACCCCGAAGAAGGACGGGGCGCCGGAGGCCGCCGUAGAGGCUAUCGAGGUCAAGGAGGCCACCAAGGAGCCGGUAGAGGCUACCAAUGGUGACGCCGCCGCUGCCCAGAUCACUAAGACUGAGCCCGAGGUCGCCCAGAACGGCGGCGGAGAUGCCCAUGGUGUGAAUGGGGGAGGCGAAAAUGGAAAGGAGGCCACCAAUGGAGAUCAGGCUGAGGAGAAGAAGGAAGAGGCGAAGGAAGAAGUGAAGGAGGAGAAGAAGGUGAAAAAGAAGAUAAGCUUCCGUAGCUUCAGCUUCUUGAGGAAAGAGAAGAAGCAAAAGGAAGUGAAGAAGAAGAAUGCAAAGAACGAUGAUACUAAGGUCGCCGCCGACGCCGUGCCGGAGGAGAAGCCGGCUGAAGCCGCCGAGGAGACCCCCGCUGCCACCGAGGAGCCUAAGGCCGAGGAGCCUGCAGCGCCCGCGGAGGAGAAGAAAGAGGGAGGCGACGCGGCGCCCGCCCCCGCUGAGGAGAAGGCGGCCGAAGAGCCCGUCGUCGCGAAGGAAGAGGCGGCUCCCGUAGCGGCUGAGAAGAAGGAAGAGGCACCCGCCGUGGAGGAGAAGAAGGAAGAGGCCCCUGUUGUGGAGGAGAAGAAGGAAGAAGCACCUGCCGUAGAGGAGAAGAAGGAAGAGGCUCCUGUCGUUGAAGAGAAGAAGGAAGAGGCGCCGGUUGUUGAGGAAAAGAAGGACGAGGUCGUCGAAGAGAAGGAAGAGGCUCCUGUCGUUGAGGAGAAGAAGGAAGAGGCCCCUGUCGUUGAGGAGAAGAAGGAAGAGGCCCCGGCUGUUGAGGAAGCUCCCGCAGCUGAAGAGAAGAAGGAAGAGUCGCCGGCGGUUGAGAAUGAGGCACCUGUAGCCGAGGAAAAGAAGGAAGAGACUCCUGCGCCGGAAGAUAAGGAAGAAGCGCCGGCAGCCGUGGAGAAGGAAGCAGAGUCCGCGACCGAAGAGAAGAAGGAUGAGGCACCAGUUGCUGAGAAGAAGGAAGAGGCUUCACCAGCGCCCGCCUCUGAGACUCCCGCGGAGACUAAGCCUGCCGAGACGGAGCCGGCGAAGGAGGCCGAGCCUGCCCCCAAGACAGACGAAUAGCUGCCUGCUGACAACUAGGAGCUGUUGAAAUUACGAUCUACCGGCCAGCGGCCCAGCGCCGGCCGAGCGGCGCGACGGUGGCGCUGCGCAGCGGCUGUCCCAUGGACUACUGUGUUCCGUGCCGCGGGCUCACGCGCGGCGCGGCGAUUUUACCAGUUGACGUGGUGUGUCGCGAAGGCGGUGUGAUUUUACGGACUCUCGCGGUGCACGAAUGAAGGAUGCUGCUCGUGGAGCUCGGCUCGGUCGGCACAGGGCAUUCCAGAGACGUGUCACGCGCCGCGCCGGAGAGGGACAGAGUGCACAGAGAGUGAGAGCGGGGCACGCGGUCCGCGCCGGCGCUCUCUCUAGCCGAGGUACGGCUUCGGGCGGCUCCCCGUACCACCACCACCAGACUGUGUGUGCGGCGGACGGACGCGGCGCUCCCGGCCGUCCAUCCGUGCGGACGGGACCGGGCCGGCGGCGGGUGAGAGGCGCGGUGAGAUGCGAGUGUGUGAGAGCGAUGUGAGCGGCGUAAGGUGAGGUGUGAGCGUGUAGGCGCAGAGCGCACACUCGUCAGAGCGGGACCCCAGAGCAGGGCGAGCGGCCAGCCAAAGCCUCUCCUGGUUGUGUGUGUGUAUUCGUACUAUUUGAUAAUAAAAUAUUAUCCGAAUUGUAUCAAA